AUGAAUGAAUCAUCCAUUGGAGACGCUUUGAUUUUCUCUGUCUACGAGGACCUGGGCUUCGCCAAAAAUGUAUUUUUCACAGUUGUUAUCUUAAUAUACUCUGCAACUAUAAUAGCAAAUUUUUCUCUAAUGUUUUUUAUUUACCUAGAUAGUUCCCUACAUAAGCCAAUGUACAUAUUUCUAUUCAGCUUAACUUUAAAUGGAUUGAUUGGAAGCACAGCUGUUUGGCCCAAGGUUAUGCAUAUACUUACAACAAACACUCCAACAACCUUAUAUGAAGGAUGCCUCAUUCAGAGCUUCUUCAUACUCCUCUAUGGAGUUUGUAACUACUCAAUAUUGACAGUCAUGGCUUAUGACAGAUUUGUCUCCUUAUUUCAUCCUUUGCAUUACCACACAAUAAUGAAUCCGCCGAAAGUAAAGCAGUUGUUAAUAGUAGCACAUUUUGUUCCUGCUUUGUUGAUUCUUGGUCAAACAGGCCUGACCUCUCAGCUAACAUUGUGCAAAUAUACAAUUCAUAAGUUAUUUUGUGAUAAUUUAGGUGUUUCUAGUUUAUCAUAUGGAUCCAAAGUCCAAAGUCAUUUAACCAACCUGUAUGGUGUGUGUGCCAUUACUGUCCUUGUAGCCCUACCGGUGUUACUCAUUCUACUGUCAUAUGUGAAAAUUAUAUUGUUGAUCUUAAAGGCCUCAGGAAAUGCAAGGAAGAAAGCAUUUGAAACCUGCUCUCCACAUAUUAUUGUCUUCAUAAAUUUUUCAUUGGCCACACCGUUCUCAGUCAUUUAUAAUCGUAUCAACCGUUUUUUACCAACAGAAGCGAUCAUAUUUGUGUCAAUAAAUUAUAUCCUUGUCCCCCCACUGUUACACCCAAUUAUAUAUGGCAUAAAAACUAAGGAAAUUAGGCAGAGUGUGUCAAAAAACAAAACAAUCAAGACAGUUUUCAAUCUCUGA